AUAGAUAACUGACUGAACACAUAACAGAAAUGAAAAGCUGAUUUGCUCCUCCUACUUAGACUCAGAAUAGACAAAACCAAUGAGGAAGUGACAAAAUUUUACACAGGAUACAUUCAGUAAGCAUCGAGACUGAAAAAGAGAAGAAUGAUGGUUGAAAAUAAACAGAUUAAAAUGUCUUUUUCUCUGCUACUGAUGCUUCAGAUCACAGUGGCAGCUGGAAAAAUUUCAUCUGUUGUCAGAAGAGGAGAUGACGCCAUGUUGUCCUGUGCAAAUCUGAAUGUGCAUGACUGUGGUCAGAUUACCUUUUUUUUCACUCAGGACACUUACAGAACAGAACUGGUCCAACGUGGUCAGAUUAAAAGUAAUGGAAAAGUUACAACAGACAGACUAAGAAUGACAGCAAACUGCUCUCUGGUUAUAAAGGAGGUCGAACCUAAUGAUGCCGGCCUCUAUCACUGUCAGAAGAACAGACAUCAGCAAGUUGAAUAUACUGAGAAUUGGCUGUCAGUUGUUAGCAUAAAUAAGCAAGAAGUUGAUGAAAAGAUUGAGCUGACCUGCAGUGUGUCGACAUAUGUACAAUGCACACAUCCAGUGAAGUGGCUAUAUGAGGAAAAUGAAGUGACCAAAAAUAACAAAAACAUAUGGUUAUCACAGGACAUCUGCUGGUCUACAGUCACAUUUAAAAAGUCAAUCGACACCGAGUCGUUCACGUGCAAAGUAGAAGACAAAAACACUGGAAAUAUUCACCUGUUUCCCUUCAGGCCUCAGUCUUCAGGUGGAGACACAACAACAACUGCAUCAACAACGACAAAAACAACUCAAGGCAGCAAAUCACAAACGACCAGUUCAGCAACCGAUGGAAUCAGUCAUUCUCCAAUAACCAGAUUCAACUGGUGGUGGUACAUUGCAGUGGCUGUGGGUUUACUGGUUCUCUUAGUCAUUGUUAUAGUGGUCAUCAAAUGGAGGAGAAAUAAAGGCAGCAAAAAACAGAAGAAUAGCAGUGUUGCAGUGAGUUUAGACACUGCAGAGUUUCCGUUUUCUGCAGAAAAUAUUCAGGAACCGGUGGAUCCUGAAAAUGGUAUUUGCUAUGCCUCUGUCAACUACACCAAGAGGACCAAGAGCAAAAAACAAGUUCCAGAUAUGGAUGAUGCAGAGGAAACAGUGACAUACAGCACAGUGAAAUGUUCACGCUCUUCUGGUGUCGCUUCCACUGAUCUCAACGAUCUCUACGCUUCUGUAAAGAAAUAAAACACAACACAUUGCAUGUACCUGUAGUGCUGUAGUGCACAAAUCACUAUGAAUGAUGCUGUAGUUGUUCUGCAAAAUAGUACACAUAUUCAUUUUCUCUAAGCACAAGCUGUCAAAUUUAACAGAUCUGUUUUGUCAUGUUUCUAUGGCCCUAUUCAGCCCUGAUAUGGCAACAUGCUCAACUUCCUCAUUCUUUAUGCAAAAACACAAGUUCAUUUAGAGCCUAAGACAUGGCACAAAGUUUCAUUUCUAAUUUAAAUAUUGUAAUGUUAAACUGAUAACUGGUGAUGUUUAUUAUGUUUCCUUGUACUGUUCACACUGCCGGCAGCUGAUGAGGUUUUCUUAUCUGCUAAUCACUGCAUGAGGUGGUAUUGCCAAUUUUACCACAUUUUAGUGAUUUAGUGUGUUUCCAUUGUGCAACCAACCCAUACCGUACCAUUUCUUGGUACCAUUCCAAUGAAGGUCCGGGACAGACAGGGUGGAACCAGACAGAUGUCACUCAGUAGAGUCCAUUUAUUGGGUGACAGAAGAACGUCACUCCUCACUGCUGGAUUUCCUCUGUUGUUGUUGUUAGUUGUGUCUUGUUUGUUGUCACCACACUGGUAUGAUGUCACACUAGGCAUUUGGUCUCAACCCCCCUACCAAGUGAGGGUACAUUUGGCAGUAGAAACACUACUGUACCAACCUGAACUGUAAGACUCAGUGGAAACAUGCUGUGUGAUAUGACAACUUUGUUUUCUUUGUAUGAUAAACACCUUAGUGAUCAUUACAGUAUAUCUUUAAGUGCUUCCAACAUGUCUCUGAAUGUCUGUAUUUUAAUUCUUCACCCAAACACCAUCUCACCUCAAGCUGCACAACACGUAUGAAGUACUUGUGAUGCAUAUUUGUGGCUUUUUUUUUUUAAGGUUUUAAUAAUCUUUAAAAUGCCUUAGUUGGUGCAUUACACAGGGCACAUCCACAGACUAUUAAAUCCUUCCGGAGAAUCGUGAAAAUAAGGAGAAUGUGAACAAAUCCUUCCCAGACCACUUCUGAAUGUAAUCAGAGAGAUUAGAUCUCAGUACUGAACGCAAGUUUCAUUAGAGCUGAGACAGACGUUAAUGCCAGGUCUGAACACAAUGUCUGUAAAUGCAUCACAAGCAAUCAUCAGAAGAGUGGAUGAAGAAUAAAAGGAUGUUUUUCCUGUGUUUUCAUCCUUAAAAUUUAAUGUUAACUAUGUAGCAUAAAACAGUGCAGCUCAAAGGCUACUGUUAACAGAGUUUAUGUUUUAUGUUUCAUCUUUGAUCCGUUUUUUAUCAUCUUGGUUACCAUUAGUGACACUUUGGUGACACUUGGAUUUUUAAGUGAUGUAAAUAUUCUGUUUUCCCACAAAAACAGCAGAAUGUUGUUUCAGUGUGUUCAACAGUUUAGUUUACAACAAUUUAUUUUUCUGGAAUUUGUAAAGUUUAAGUUUAUGAACAAAUAAUCAGAGAUAUUAUUAACGGAGCCAAAGCUUCAAAGGUCCACAGUCUUGAAAGCUUUUAUUUUAAUCUUGGUAUUUCUCAAUAAAUAACUUCCAAAAAUGGACAAGGCAUGA